AUAACUAGAGCGAUAAGCCUGCAUAUGAAAAAGCUGGACAACACCGCCACCUACCGACUAAAAUUAGCCACUGCAAUUGAAUCACAUGACUUUACUUCCGCAACUCAUGAUGUCUGUCAUUAAAAACAUGCACAAAGGGAGUAUAUGGACAGUAGCUGGCAGUGUUCGUGUUAAAGUUGAACGGGAAGAAGUUUGGUUAAGUAUCUGCAUUUGAAACCGGAGAGCGAUAAGAAGAUCCAUUAUGACUCGGAUCAGACUGGACAUGAUCUUUCUGCUGCUGCUUCUGUCUGGACGCUCACUCGGAGCCUCUCCAUCAUUCAGCCUGGACUAUCAGAACAACUGCUUUCUUAAAGACGGAGAACCGUUUCGUUACAUAUCAGGCAGCAUCCACUACAGCAGGAUCCCCCGGGUCUACUGGAAGGACCGGCUGCUGAAAAUGUACAUGGCCGGCCUGAACGCCAUCCAGACCUACAUUCCAUGGAACUACCACGAAGAGUUUCCGGGUCAGUAUAAUUUUACUGGAGACAGAGACGUGGAAUAUUUCCUUAAGCUGGCUCARGACAUCGGUAUGGUGGUCAUCCUCCGCCCGGGACCGUAUAUAUGUGCUGAGUGGGACAUGGGCGGUCUGCCUGCCUGGCUUCUCAACAAGAAAAACAUGGUGCUGCGAUCAUCAGACCCAGGUGAGCCGCAGAGACGCAGUGAGCAACAUACAACAGAAAAUACACAACACUGUGGUUCGUGUGUGUGUGUGUGUGUGUGUGUGUGUGUGUGCGCUCCAGAUUACAUCACAGCUGUGGAUAAAUGGAUGGGGAAGUUACUGCCAAUGAUCAAACCUUACCUGUAUCAGAACGGAGGUCCCAUCAUCACUGUACAGGUGGAGAAUGAAUACGGCAGCUACUUCGCCUGCGACUACAACUACAUGCGCCACCUGAUGCAGCUGUUCAGGUCUUACCUGGGUGAGCAGGUGGUUCUGUUCACAACGGACGGCGCGGGGCUGAACUACCUGAAGUGUGGCUCAUUGCAGGGGCUGUACGCCACGGURGACUUUGGGCCUGGUUCAAACAUAACUGCUGCCUUUGAUGCACAGCGACACGUUGAGCCAAAUGGACCUUUGGUGAACUCAGAGUUUUACACCGGUUGGCUGGACCACUGGGGGUCCCACCACUCCAUCGUAUCUUCCGCCUUAGUGGCCAAAUCGCUCAAUGAGAUCCUGUCCAUGAAGGCAAACGUCAACCUGUACAUGUUCAUCGGUGGAUCAAACUUUGGAUACUGGAAUGGAGCCAACUCGCCGUACGCCGCUCAGCCCACAAGCUACGACUACGACGCUCCGCUGACGGAGGCGGGAGACCUGACGGAGAAAUACUUCGCCAUCCGAGAUGUCAUYAGACUGUUUAAUAAAAUACCAGAGGGACCAGUUCCACCAUCAACACCAAAGUUUGCAUACGGUGCUGUUAAAAUGAAGAAGCUGCAGACGGUGUUAGACGCUGUGGAAACUCUGUCUUUCUCCGGUCCUGUUAAAAGCAUGUACCCACAGACCUUCAUAGAUUUAAAUCAGGUGUUUGGGUUUGUUCUUUACAGGACGAAGCUGCCUGUUAACUGCAGCGAAACGCCUCUGUCCUCGCCGCUGAACGGGGUCCACGACAGAGCGUACGUGUCUGUAGACAAGUCAGCUGUAGGGAUCCUUGAAAGGAAUAAAGUCAUAACCAUGAACGUGACUGGGAAUGCAGGCAGCCAGCUGGAUGUGCUGGUGGAGAACAUGGGCCGAAUCAACUAUGGGAGAGACAUCAAUGACUUCAAGGGUCUGGUGUCCAAUCUGACUCUCGGGGGAGUCCCUCUGACUGGCUGGACGAUGUACAGUCUCAGCAUCGAUGAGGCAGUCAGCCAGGGUCUGCUAGGACACGGAUCACAUCCUGGGACAGAUCCACCUCAGCCUGCUGCUCUGUCUCUUCCUACUUUCUAUGAGGGCAGCUUUAUAAUCCCUGACGGAAUCCCAGACCUCCCUCAAGAUACCUACGUCAAGCUGCCCAAUUGGAGAAAGGGGCAGAUCUGGAUUAACGGCUUUAAUUUGGGGCGUUACUGGCCAGCCCGCGGCCCUCAGGUGACUCUUUUUGUCCCCGCCAACAUCCUCAGGACCUCCGCGCCCAACAAUGUGACCAUCCUGGAGCUGGAAGGGGCGCCGUGUGGCUCCCAGCCGUGCAUUGUGGAGUUCACGGACACCCCGAUCCUGAACGCAACGGUCUCCUCUAAACCCACACACCACCGACGGCUGUUUGUUAAAGAGGAUUUACUGUGAUAUUSAAGGAAACGCUCCGCUGCACUAACGGAAUCAAUUUGCACUUUAGUCUCGGUGUACUGGCCUUAAAUCAUCACUUGUUUUGUAAACAGAUGUGUGCCUACUUUAUUUGAAACUGUUAUGUAAGAAAAAAAAUGAUCAUUUAGGGAAUAUAAUACCAACUUACCUUUAAAUUCUGGUGUUAAAUUAGUUUUUUCUACCUCACUGAUUCUGUGCAACAGAUUUUUUUCUGUCUCUUAAAGGGAUUGCCGGGUAAAAGCUAUUUCAUCACAUUUUUAUCACAUUGUGKAAUCCAGGGAAUAUGUAUUUUUCAUGUUAAAUCCUCUUCUGGGAAAUAUGUGUUUACAGUGAAAUUUUACAACUAAUAAAGUGUUAAAACUGGA